AAACCUCUAUUCCCUUUUUCGUCAUUUCAGUCCUCAAAAUCAUCCCCUUUCUUCUCCUUUCUUCUUCCUACUCCCCACCCCCACCGAGAUUUCGCCCUCGCUGAUUCUCUACACCGCAAAUCCGAAUCAUUUCAGCUUUUACCGUACACGCCGAAGCUUUUGGAUGGUUUAAAUUGAAUGGACUAUAGAUGCUAUAUCUGCAGCCUGUGACCAACCAUUAACUAUCUGCUCCAGAUCUGAGGUCUUGGUGCUUCUCUGACAAAAUAUUCUAAUAUAAGGACUGAUACUGUGAAUGAGAUUGACAAUGGAGUUGAAUAACCUGAAGGAUGCAUUUGAUCGUGUAGCAAAGAAGCAAAAGCUGUCCUGCUCUAAAGUGCAGGAAGUUAUGGAUCAGAUCGUACAAGAAAUCGAGAAGGCAAUAGAGAUGAUGCAGUCGACCACCCUUGACCAUAAAUCUAUACUUGCUGAACUGAAGAAAAAGUUGCAUGAAAUUGCUCCACUUGCUCAGCUAGAAGGCACACAGAAGGAACUCAACAUUGCAUUGAGCAAGUAUCCAAAAGCUCUUGAGAAAACCCUUAAUCCUGAUAUAUCCAAGGCUUAUCGAAAUAUCGAGUUUGAUUCUCAUACAGUUAACCAAAUAAUUGCCAGCCAUUUCUAUCGGCAGGGCAUGUUUGAUGUUGGUGAUUGUUUUAUAACUGAAGCUGGGGAAGCAGAAGCUGCUGCUGCUAUGAGAUCGCUUUUUCAAGAAAUGUAUCAAAUACUUGAAGCCAUGAAGAGUAGGAACCUAGAGCCUGCCCUGAAAUGGGCAGCCGCAAACUCCGAUAAUCUGAAAGAAAAUGGUUCGGACCUCCUGUUGGGACUCCAUCAGUUGCAGUUUGUGAAAAUACUACAGAAGGGAAGCAGAGAAGAAGCACUCAAGUAUGCAAGAACUAACUUCGUUCCUUUUGCAGGAAACCAUAUGGCCGAGAUCCAGAAACUCAUGGGGUGUCUCUUGUAUUCCGAUAGACUUAGUGAGUCCCCAUAUGCUCAUUUAUUAUCACCAACCAAUUGGGAUAUAGUGGCUGAAGAGCUCACUCGACAGUUCUGCAACUUACUGGGGCAGUCAUAUCAGAGCCCAUUGAGUGUGACAAUAGCAGCAGGUGUGCAAGGUCUACCACCACUUUUAAAGUUUAUGACAGUUAUGGCUGGGAAGAAGCAAGAAUGGCAAUCAAUGAAGCAGUUGCCCGUGCCAGUGGAGUUAGAUAAAGAGUUCCAAUUUCAUUCUAUAUUCGUGUGUCCCGUGUCUAAGGAGCAAUCGACCGAAGAUAACCCGCCGAUGCUGAUGUCGUGUGGUCAUGUGCUCUGCAAACAAUCCAUCAACAAGAUGUCGAAGAAUGGAUCGAAAACUUUCAAGUGCCCGUACUGCCCAUCCGAUGUCGAUGCGCCCCGGUGCAGACAGCUGAAUUUCUGAUUAUGUUUACCCUAAAAUGCAAAUGGGGUUGUAUUAAAAAAAAAAAAAAGCAGAACUGUUUCCUUUGGACUGAAUCAAAAAUUAUGUCUAGAACUAGAAAUUGUUUGUGGUGAGAUGUUGACAAAUGCUGGUCAGCAAUGGUGUAGUGUUUAUUGAUGAACUACUUGUAAAUAGAAACUCUUUCCUACAUCCAUGCAUGUAUUGGAAACCUAAUUCGUGAUUUCGGUUCAGCUGAAUUUAUUUUGAUUUUUUAA